CUGUGAACACAAUUCAGCGUAAUCUGCAUUCCUUUGUCAAUUUUUCCUCGUGCAUCAGUAAAAUACCAUAUUAUUGUGCUUGCUCUCUUUCAUAAUGAAUAAUUAGCAAAUAAAUAUAUGAUCGACUCAGCGAAUGUUCUAGCAUAUUUAUGAAUUUAUUCCAUUACGACAGGAAAACCGAAAUGAACAGCUGUUUCCGGAAUUACGGUGUUCUGUUAUGGCUCACCUAUGCAUGCGCAUCGGUACACUCAAUGCAGUUAACAUCCCUGGAACAUUCUCCCAUUAGCGUCACGGUAAAAUCUGGAGAAGGUGUAAAGCUUUAUUGUGCGACCGAUGAUGUACAUACUCAGGUUAGUUGGGAACGUUUUGACAUCAACAAGAGACACGUACAGCUAUUUUCCGGGAGCCAUCAGGUCUGGUUGGAACCACGCUAUCGUUUAUUCAAUGGCGCCGAUCUGCUCAUCUCCGACGCCUCACCUGAUGAGGACCAGGGCUUUUUUCGAUGCUACAUAUCAGGGCAAUCGUAUCAAGAUGGAACAGUCGUUAUUUACGAACUGAUCGUUAUUAGCGACAGUGACAAUGCACUGAAAGAUGAACUGGAAGCACCAGUGGUCCCUAAGUUGGACUUGGAACAGCGCUUCGUCAAUGUCCGCAAAAUAUCGGUUGACGGGGCUGCGCUUCCAUUUUCUUCGGUGGCCUCACCUCCAGUCUCCACGCGAAUUCCACAACGUGAGUAUCACAUUCAGCCGUGGAUACAGAGAGUGCCGAUUGGGUUCGGCUCGAAUGCCAGCUUCGAGUGCGUGCAUCCCGAAGAAGGCCGUAUUGAUAUUGGCUACACCUGGACACGGGUCGAUGAUCAGCCCUUGCCACCUCAUUGUCAGUCACAAGGACGCUUUCUCAUAUUUGGUGAAAUUGCUUCGGCUUCCGCUGGAAAGUAUCUCUGUACAAUCCUGACGCGAUAUGAGCUGCGAAAUAUGGAGUGUGAGCUUAUUGUGGAAGAGAACCGUACCCAUUCGGAAAUGCAUGAUGGUUUAUCAAUACCGCGCGAUGACCGUGUCGAGAAACAUCACGUGGAACCCGAGAAUGCCUUGGACAGUGAUGGACACGAGUACGAUGAUUCAUCUCACGCAUCGCACCCAAGCAGAUUCCUGCAGGUGUAUCCGGCUGCAAGAGAAGUACACUUUGCAGGUAACAUAACUUCCCAUACAUCUGAGAAAUCUCUGGAAGUAACGUUAUCUCCACCAACCGGAAAUUCUCGACCUGCCGUUAAUAUCGCUAAGCAGCAGGGUCCCCACGAACAACUCUAUUACAGGCUACCGGUCAUCGUUACCUCUGGAGUCAUGUUAAUCUCCUUUAUGCUUGCACUGUUUUUAUUAACGAUUAUGCACAUCUGGCAAAAGAAACCCAAGUUAGCGAAACCAGCAACCAUCGACUGCACGCCUGCGGAUGCAUGCGCUCGACCAGAUAAAACUACAACACUUCCUGUAUUCAAAUCUGUUGAACCGCCGUUGCCACCCAGAUAUUCCAUCAAGGAAACUAAUCUAUGUAUUUUGCCGGAGAGCAAUAUUUAUCAUACAAUAGAUGACGGACACGAAACUGCUGUACCUGGUAAACGGGAUAUCAGUCUGGCAGUCAUUUAGUGGCACGAAAUAUAAUGCAAAUUGUGCUUCAUGUGCUUUAAUAUUUUUAAAGAUUCUUUCUGGAUUGUUCUGGGGUGUUCUAUGUGUAGUUCAAUAACUACAUAUAUACUAUAUAUAUAUA